AUGCUUGCACCCAGGAGCUACUUGUUCACUGCUGCCCACUCGAAAGAGACCAGAAAUGAGCGUCAUAGCAUGUCGAUGCGUGGGUCUGGGUCUAGGUCUCCUACAAAACGAGACAAGGCGUCCCCAACUUCAAUACCGCCAUCUAAAAUAACCACCGCAGAAAUUGAAAGACCAACUACUCCGUCAUCCCCCGUCAUAAUCCCGCCUAUGCGAGGAAGUUAUGAUGCCUCUCAAAGAAUGCAGGUACCGAAGGGGCGUCACAAUCAAAGAAGGAAGCCGCGAACACAUUCCCCAGAUGCGAUUUCCCCCUCGGUCGCCGCUCUUCUGGCGAUGACCAAGAUACCCACUCUGAAGCAGACCCGAAGUAUUCGAAAAAGAAGUGGCACAGGGCAGAGGCUUACGGUGGACGCAAUAUUACGACAUGCCGACGUAUCGGAGAAAGAGCUGAGCGUGUCAUUUGGAAAGAGCCCACUGGAUUAUCUUCUCAGUUCGCCGGAAGAGUCGCAGGAUGAGCUUGCGCCGAGCGAAAAUGGAUAUGAAUCGGUUGUGUCUACAAGAACAAUAUCAUGCGAUUCCAUGCCAUCCUUAGACGAUGAGUCCAUCAGCGAGGUUUCGCCAUCUCUAAAUUCUUUGGGUACACCAAGUUCCAGGGGGAGACGGUCUUUACCAACCCGUCGGAUCCUUUCCUCACCUCCAGUUGCUCUCUACGAUCAUCCAUUAUCAGCGCCCGAUAUCGACAUAGACGAGCUUGAUUUCAGGGUUUUCCAGAGGCAACAGCCCCAAGGGCAAAAAGCCCCGAGGGUUGAGAUCAAUUCGUCUCGACGUAAAUCAGCCUUUAAAUCAAACCUCACGGCCUCGUUACGAGCUUUACGGUCUGCCGCAAGGUCCUUUUCAUCUAUUACCACUCCAAUGAUAACACCGGACGAUUUCCUUACAAGAUCAAUCAUUUCUAUUGAUCCACAGGUGCCUUUCACAGAUGAACGAAUGCCACCUCGACUCGAAGACGCGCCAACUCCUGAACUACGGCGCUAUCUGAAUCCCACUACUAACGCCCCUAUCGAAGCUCAUGUUUCUUCCUCACUUGCACAGACAAUGUCUGCAACAAAAUGUACGGCUUCUAUACAAAUGGAGACAUACAGUGUCAAUCGGUCAGGGAAGAGCAAAUCACCAAGCGUGAUCAGUCGCCGCUCACAGACUAAUGAGGAUGACUUUGCUCAAGUUGCAGGACCAGUAGCACGUCAACGAGAAAUACGAGAGAAUAGCGACUUCCUCAGGAUUGCAGUUAUGGAGAUGGCUAUGCGAAAGAACGGGAAAUUGGAUGACCAGAAACCUGGACGCGCGGUAUGGGCACUACCUGCGAGAAAAGCUCCCACCGAAGCCUACGAGAGAGGGAAAGACGGCGUGCCAUUAAGAUGGGUUGCCCAGAUUUCAUGA